AUGUUUCAGUGCAAGCUAAAAAUGGCGUUACUUGUCAAAUUUCACCGGGCUGCGCGACUCAUUCAGGUGCAUUGGGUCAGCUGCCAGAAUCUAGUGGAGACGAAGCGUGCCAUCAACAUGGUUCGCGACGAAGAGCUGAAGCGGUUUGCGCGCUUGCGGGAUCGCCAUGAGCAGAAUUUCGCAGUUCAACGUCAAGCCGGUAACAAGCGCAGACUCGAAGUGCAUCUUCUGUCCUUAUCCGGUGUUCCGGAGAAUCGCAGAGGACAAAUUCACGCCUUUCAGAGUGUCCAGAACGCGCAGCUUUCGAGACUUUUUCGGCUGGGAUACUGUGGACCCCAGAACGACGAACCGCCCCCAGACUUGGUCUUGGUCUGCAGCAAACCCGUACACGACGACCUCUUGGAAUAUUUUGCGAAGGUCAUGGAAUAUCGUGGCAUACAGAAUCCUCAAGGGAGGUUACAGUUAGGUGCAGAGCCAUUGAUGCUGGGUAGCUAAUGUGAGUAAGUAAGUAAAAGGGAUUUCCAGUAAUUAUCUCAUGAUACUCUCAAAUUCAAGUUUGGAUUGCGUGGAGAUUUGUCCUCGCUGUUGUAGUAUCCCCGAUAAUACUUACUUUUUUUUGAGGUCGUUUCUCUAAGAGUAGUCUUGGUGCCCGAAAAACUGGAGUCGGUGGCCCCUGCACACAUGUCGCUGUCUCACUCGCUGCUGCUUUCCAAGCGGGCGAUGAACCGGUUACGGGUGCUAAUCCGCGGACGAGAGGACCGAACCGUGCUGGUGCCUGGACAUGGGGUCACGUUUGCGGAGCUGCAGCUGUCAGCGCAGCUAAGUAUCCCGCUCUUCGGCGCGAAUCCAAAAAAUGUGGACUAUUUGAGUACCAAGUCUGCGAUGCAGCGACUGGUGACGCUAUCGCAGUUGCCAACGCCCCCUAUGAGUGUGGACUUGUACGACGAGGAGGAGCUUUUUUUGCAGUUUGCUACCCAAAUCUACGAAAAUCCUACAGUACCGAAAUGGCUUCUUAAAAUCGACGACGAGUUCCGAGCCAAGGGCAAUGUCGUCUUCCAUGUCGACACGGUCGUGCGAAAGAGCAUACACUUAAGAAACAGGUUUUCUUAACUCAUGUUUAACAGGACUAGAAAUGUUCGUUGUACUCCAUUGUUUACAUCAAGAUGCAGGUCCUGCACUCAGUCUUGUGAUGCAGUUUUUCUGUCCCAGCACGGAAUUCUAAUUCAAGAGGUGCAGCGGCAAGUAGUAGACAAGGUGUGGACGGAAUUCGCGGCGAGCCGACGUUCGCAGCCUGCAGUGGACCGAAUUCAUGGCCUGUACGUAGUUCGCAGUAGCGGAAAGCCAGCACAGCAUCAAGAAGAACGCGACCUGAGGGAAGCUUUAAUCCGGUCAGCGAGGGAUGUGCUGUUAUGCACUGAUUUUACUAUUAAAUAGAAAAAGUGUUCAUUAUUUUUAUCUUGAAGACACCCGUUCGACAGCGACAUGCACAGCAACCAAAAGUUCCUAUUUCUGGUCUUUUACGAGUCACAACUUAGCAGAAAGGAUUUUUCAUGCUGGUGCUUGGGGUAAUAUUUUCAUUUGUAUCACUUGGUUUUUUUUCUUGGCAGCUUAUUAUCCCACAUUCAUAAACAGCCCGUUGUUUCUACCGAAAGGCGCUUUUGUGUGCUAGCGGCGAAAUGUAUCCAAAUGAGAUGGCGGAUUUCGUCCCUGAGUUUUGCAGGCGAGGCGGCGUAAUCCAAGCAGUGCCAACGGAGGAAAUCUGUUGUUUCCCAAGCGUCCACUUCCAAAUAUCACCAGACAAGCGCGUGCAAGUUUUGGGUACCCUAAUCUAGUUACCACUCCAGGGAGAUUCACAAGAUUUCAUUUGCUUGUUGGUUUGGAGUUUCUCCUUCUAGGUCUAUGUGUCCUACGACGUGCCCUCAUCUUUUUUAGGUACUUCGGAGUUCAUCUUUAGCGCUAGCUUCGAGCCAGUUGGUUGUUUUUUGCCACUGCAGAACCGCGAAAAUGUGUCAAUGCCGAUUUGCGAAGCUUUCGCGCGGAACAUGGGUAUAAUUUGGACAUGAUUUUUCCCCUAUGUGUGUGCUAAUCCUGUAUCGUAAGUACCUGUUUGUAUGAAAGUAGAAAGAAGAAUACAGAACGAGGAUCGGAUACUUAUUCUCAUGAUUUCUUUCUUUUUCUUCAUAAUCAGGACGAGUUCUUGCUUCCAAAGACAUUUGGGGACACGCCUCUGUUGACCUGGUAUGUUUCGAGAACAGCGACUUUGUCGAAGAGCGAGAGGCAAUGGAUGGUGGACAGACCAGCGGCGAUUUUACGGCGCCACUGAGGAGUCCAGAACCGCCAGGAAUGGACGACUCGGGUAAGAAAGGCUGGCGGGAUCGGCAGAAAUUUGCACUAGUCGAGCAAACCGUGGAUGAAUACAGGAGAAACGUCGUUGUGCCCUGCACCGUUGCAGGGUACCUAAUGUUUGCUCUGAGAAAUAUAAAAACACAAGUAAGUAGUUCCAGACCUACAAAAUAAUUACGUUUUACGGAUGCGUUGAUUUUCUAGAAGUGCUUUUCUCUAGUACUAGCAAAGAAGUCCCAAUUAUGGUGAGUAAUCAAAAACAGGCGAUGGAUUUUAAUCUCGCAAAAAUUUGCAGCUCGAAGAAUGAAGCCCAUCCAGUUUCGUUCUGGGUUGUAGACGUGGACGCGAGACUGACGGACACAGCGGCCGCUUUUUCAGCCUUGCAGUUUGUGGGACAGUGCGACUUCGGGAAAGACGGCAAUCUACACUUGGCACCUCACGCGCCGGGAUAUAGCAGGACGGACUCCGCAGCGAACGAGCGAGUUGCACUUGUAGUCUUUCUCUGCGAAGUCCCAGGCCUAGCCUCCUGCACACACUCCCAGAUCUUUUCUUAAGAAUUGUAGAAACUUUCUUUGAAACAGAAGCACUGGUUGUUGUGUCACAGAAACAGAUGUCAAUAUUGACCUGUCAUCAAUAAAUCUAGCUCUACCUCUAGCAGCGGUAUCCUCGUCAAGAGUAGUUUCGUUUCGCAUCGGAUUAGGAUGGUAGCUCUAAAUCUCCUUCUGCAAGUCGCGAAAAGUUACGUAUGACUUGUUUCAGAAUACGGGUGUGCUUUUUUUGCAGCUCGACCUCACACAUGACACCGUAUCCUUUCUUGUCAUCGAUCGCACGCCCAAGCUGUUGCUGGAAAAAACGCAAACGGCAUUGCAGGUAUUUGUGAAAAAAAUUGUGUCGGGAAAUGGGCAAGUUGCACUAGAAAUGAAACUACAGCACAAGCGGGGUUUUCUGACUUUUUUCAUGUUGGUUGAUACACGCUCUUCCGUCAUCGUUCUUAAAAUCGACUCAGAUUUUCAAUUGAGCUCAAUGUGUCGAUUCAGGUUCUGCAAAACGUCUCCUUGCAAUCGAGUAAAUCAACGGUGGUAGAAGACCGCCGAGGUGAGGAUAGCGUGCCCCAUAUUCGCGAGGUGGUUGCCGCAAUUCGGAGCACUCGAAAGAAAAUGGGUCUUCUAUGAUUUUUCAUCAUUAAGACUUCUUUUUCGACUUUUUGCAUUGCCUGUUUUUUUUGUUCUUUUACAGUAGUUCAGCGUCCCCUACUUGAUUCGUGACAGCAACUUCUAGCUCCAGUAGUGUAACCGUUCAAAUUUCUUGCCUUUCAUUCGUCAGACCUUCACUGGUUUGCUGAUUGCCAUGUAGUACCUAGUUCUGCCAGUCCGCGUUGCUAUUAGCACAUGGAAUCUCUUGAUCCAUGAUAUCGAGGUAGAUUUGUCUCAUCACCACUUCGUGCGCGGUCCGAGUCCGUACCGGAACUGGUCUUCUUUUUUUCCUCGAGUUUUGAACUAUGUUUGGUCUCCUGGCUAGAUAACGCAAUGUUGGUCUGAAAUAUCUUUGCCCGGGAAUAAGUCCGUUCGAUGUUUUACGCAGAUCGAUGCGUUAAUCGUGAUGUGUUAGUACCGACUGAGGUGCAGAUUGCAUCAACCCAUGCCUCCACCUUCCUGGUACAAAAUUGGCACACGAUUGCACGACACUCUUGC